AUGUUCUUCGGGUGUUAUCAGCUCGUUAUCGUUUUCCUUUCGAUAAUCAUCAGUGCUGUUAAUACCAGCAAUCAUCAAAGUUCUUCAUCAUCGCCAUUAGACCUAUCUUCUUCGGUAUUGAUCAAUCAGAGUGAAUGUCAAUCAUCAUGUUCAAUUGACUAUUGUUUACAAUAUCAAUUGUUGAAUAAAAACUGUUCCAAGUUAAUACGUGAUCAAUGUGAUUGUUGUACUGUUUGUCUACGUACAGAACAUGAAAUAUGUGGCGGACAUUUGAACGUCUAUGGUCUAUGCGAGCAAGAUCUCUUAUGUUAUCAACCAAAUCAAACUGUCAAUGAUCUCAAUGAACACACUGGUGUAUGUAUGAAAGCAUGUUUGAAAUUCCAGUGUUUAUCUAUAAAUAUCAAUAAUCAAACAACCUGUGAAUGUGCCAAUCGACGUGUACCAUGUGAUAUAACUCCUGAUGGAGAAAAUACGAUCCUGUCUCGUACAUGUGAACUAGAAUCUCCGUCGCAUCAAAAACGUGAAUUAAGUUGGCCUACAGACUAUGACGAUGAUGAAGACAGUGUUGAUUGUUCAAAUAUUGUUUGUCCCACUGCUACCAUCAAUGCAUCACGUUGUCCAUCAGAUAGUAUUUUUGUGGAAGAUCGUGUAUCCCUUUCGUCGUUGUCAUUAUCUUCAUCGAACAAUCUAUCGGUAGUUUGCUGUGAACCUCGAGGACAAUGUGUUUGCGCAAGAUGUUCAAAGACUACUUGCGGAGAAAGUUCGAUUAUUCAAAUCUAUCGAACGGGCAAUCCGAAUCUUCCUGGACAAUGCUGUGAUCAAUAUACUUGCAUUAAGAAUUCAAAACAAUGCUAUCAUGACAAGAAGAUUUACAGUGAAAAUGAAACAUGGUCUAUUGAUCACUGCACAACAUGUACAUGUCGAGAAGGGCUCGUUGAUUGUCUUAUGGUACAAUGUCCGACAUACACACAUUGCGGUUAUAUGUAUAAACCGGAAAAUGAAUGUUGUCCUAAGUGUGGCGGUUGUCUAAAUGAUCGUCUUCAUGUUCAACAUAUGAAUUCAACUUGGAUAGAAUCCAAUGGAUGUAUGCGAUGUUGGUGUGAAAAUGGCCGAUCACGUUGCAUCGCUGAAGGAUGUAUUGCUCCGCCUUGUGACAAUCCACGUCAAAUAGCGAAUGUCUGCUGUCCAGUAUGUGACGAUACUACAGACGAAGAUCUAUCUUCUGAUGAUCAGGAUUUACACGUUUCCUCAUCCACGCCGCUAGUAACAAACAAGUGUCCUGAACUUAGGAAUUGCUCGUUAAUAUGUGAACAUGGACUAGCGAAAGAUGCACAAGGUUGUUUUAUAUGUGCUUGUUCGACCAUGGCAUGUCCAGCACCUCUAUGUACACUGAAAGUUGAUCGAGCAUCCAAACAAUACUGUACAUGUACAUCACCGAAUGGUCUCAAUUGCGGCGCACUAAAUUGUGCUAAACAUUGUCCCUACAACUACACAAUAAAUAAACAAACAGGUUGUCCUAUAUGUGAAUGCAAUUCAUGUCCAGUAUUGUCUUGCAGAAAGAACUGCACUUAUGGAUUGAAACGCAACGAAAUUGGCUGUCCAAUAUGUGUAUGUAAAAGUAAUAUUAGCAUACAUAUUAACGAUACAAAAGCAACAGAUUUGAUACCCCAAUCGUGGUCCAGACAAUGUCUAUCAGGAGAAUUUUCUUAUUCAAAUGGUGAGAUAUGGUUUGACGGCUGUCGGCAGUGUCUGUGUCAUAGAGGAGAACAUCUAUGUGCACUUAUCUCCUGUCCAACUCCGAAAUGCUCGCAGCCAAUUCUUCUACCCAAUCAAUGUUGUCCUACAUGUCCAGAAAUUACUAUGUUACCUCAACCCAUUCCGUCAUCACAAGUAUGCUAUGCCAGUCAGUAUGUAACUGGCGAAGAACUUGAAUUUGACAAAUGUACAAAAUGUAUAUGUCUGCAUAACAUUGCAUUCUGUAGUAUAUCGCUAUGUCCUCCACUUCAUUGUUCAUCUCCCAUUUAUGAUUCUUCACUUUGUUGUCCCGUAUGUCCACCGAAAUCAUCUGAACCGACGUCUUCAACGGAAUUAGCGACUCUGGUCGAUGAUGAUGAUGAUGUUUGUAUUCUUGACAAUGGAAUAGUUAAACAUGCAGGUGAAUUAUGGAAACAUCAUGAUUGUCAAUCGUGUCUCUGUCCACGCGGUGGUAAUGGGCGUGUCGAAUGUUUUUCACAAACAUGUGAACAAAAUCUACCAUGUUCGAAUCCAGUUUUAAAAAAAGGGCAAUGCUGCCCGUUUUGUCUUCCGCAUACAGCUACGGUUUCCGUCUGUAUUUUCAAUUACGUUCAGUAUCGUUCUGGUGAACAUUGGAAUGUCAGCGAAUGUCACAGCUGUGAAUGUCUAUACGGUACUAUCGUAUGUCAUCAACAUCGAUGUCCUUCGUUGACCUGUGUUCAUACAGUAACAUUAUCUGGACAUUGUUGUCCUAUUUGUCGUGAUCAAUUAUCGUCGAUCAUUGGUGAAGGCAAAGUCCCUAUCUCUCAAGCUCGCUUCGGUUUAACAGUUAUUAUUAUUUUUUGUACUUUAAUUCUUAUUCUGAUUUUGAUUAUCCUGAUCCUCAUUUUUAUUUUACUUCGCGGAGCACAUCGAUCUCGUUCGUCUGCAAAUCAAAUACCUCCGACACAUCAUCUCCCACCUAAAAUAGCUCAUCAUUCAUCAACAAUGAACUUCAAACCAUCGAAUCUAUACUCUUAUGUAAAAUAUGAUCUUAUGGCCAAGUCAAACGACAAUCACACUUUCAAACAAGGUUCAUCGUCAGUGGAACAAGCAUCAACACAUUCAAUGAUUCGCACGAAUACAACAACAACAGGAGCAAGUUCAUCUAAUCAUGAACUCGAACCUGGAACGUGGACAACUGAAGACGAGAUGAUAUUACAUGGCAGUAUUAGUAGUGGAAACGAUGUCGAUGUUGAUCAUGAUAUAAGCAGCAGUGACUUGGAUGAAUCUCAUCGACAACAGUUAUCUCAACCUCAAAUUCAAUGCAAAAAUGGUGUAAUCAAUUUUUGUAUUAUUGAUGGUUUUUGCACGGACUUCAAUCUAUUUAGUAAUCAUAAAUGUUCGAUGAGAGGUAAAACUGUUUUAAUCACGGGUGGUGUUAGUGGUAUCGGUUACGAAACAGCCAAAGAUUUACUUCAACGAGACGCACGCGUUAUAAUUGCUGAUUACAAUAUGAAGAAAGGUUGCGAAGUCAUAGAACAACUAGUGCUGGAAACUGGCUGCGCGAAGAGUCGUAUUCGAUUGAUGAAAUGCGAUUUACGAUCAUUUCGAUCUGUUCGUCAAUUUGUUCAACUAUAUAAUACGGAAGAACAACGACUGGAUGUUCUGAUAUGUAAUGCUGGCAUUGCGUGGGCACCGGAACUUCUUACGGAAGAUGGUUUUAGUACGGUCAUGCAAGUGAAUUAUCUCAGUCAUUUUUUAUUGAUCAAUCUUCUGAUGAGUAAAUUAAAAGAAUGUCGACCGAGCCGCAUCGUUUUCGUUGCAUCAGGUGCACAUCGAAUGGUUCGAUCGAUCGAUUGGUCUGAUGCAUUUACACAAUUCAAAAGUUUUCGUAUAUGGGGAAUCUAUCCAAUGUCUAAAGCAUUUACUCUACUAUUUGCUCUUAAACUUAAACAUACAUUAGAUUCAAAUGAUGUUGCAAUAUUUGCAGUGAACCCCAGUUGGGUGUGGACAUCUAUUCAAACACCAAUGCGUGAAGCGAUUGGACUCAUUCUAUUCCUUAUCUGUUAUCCAAUACUGUAUGCACUGAAGUUUAUUCUAGCUAAAACGCCACAAACAGGAGCACGAACGAGUAUUUUCUGUGCAGUUGAACCAUCAUUACAACAUUCGAAAGAUUUGUAUUUUGAAGAUUGUAAAGUGGAAACCAUCUCAUCGUUGUGUACCAAUUAUGCGUUGGCCGAUCAGCUAUGGGAAAUAAGUUUACAAGCAGUUGGACUUCUAGUAUCUUGA